AUGGCAGAUGAAGAUGCCGCUGUUGAAGCCUUGCGAGCAGAGAUCGAGGUGACAAGAGCGCAGGUUCAAGCAGAGACGGCCAAGAACGAAGAGCGGCGAGCUCAACUUGCGGAGGCCACCGCGAGGCAGAAGCUUCGACGGGAGCUGGAUGAGCAGAGGAUGUGGUUGCUUCGAGAGCAACGCCGAGGACGAGGGCUUGAGUCUGAAACAAAGCGGGUGGACGAAGACAAGGAUGGAGACUACCAGCUUCAGCGUGGUGGCUUUGGUCAGUUUCAAGGGAAUCGUCGAUACGGAACGCAUGAGGGGGGAGAACAGGUGAGUUGUGCUCGGAAAAUCUACACCGAAGAGUUUGUCUGGGAAAUUCAGGGCUUCUCAUGGCUGAAUGGCGUCUUAGACUACGAAAGGGAAUCCUUCGUUUGGUCCAACUUCUUCUGUGUGGGUUAUGCGAAGUUCUACCUCGUCUACAACCCUUUUGGUGACGAGCUGUGGAAUCAGAGGCAUGGCUCCUUUGCCAUCGUCUGCCACAGCGGGAACUGCAGCCGAUUCCGGUACUCGGUUUUUGUGAAGGCUCGGAGCCGAAUGUUCAAAGCGUGGGGAGAGACCUCCGAAGGCACCUUCUUGCCGGACUCUGUGCACGGCCCGGAUGUCUUCCACAGCCAAGGACCCUCGGCUCCCGCCGCAGGGAUCUUUGGGCUCUCGCAUCGGCAGCUGCUGCAAUCCGACUGGGUGCAGGAUGACAUGCUGACUUUGAAGGUCUUAGUUAGCCAAUAG